GUAAACGUCAAAUUAAUGUUAAUGUAAAGUAACAUCCUACAAGUAAUAAAUGUAUUAUGUGCGUAAUUAAAUAAGAAAUGGCCGGAAAUAACGAGGACUUUGUUGAGGAAAUACUACAGGAAAAUCAAAACACGGACUCAGAAGCAGCAGAUUACAAACAUAUAUCUAAUUUAACCAAUAAUAUAAGCCAGGAAAUAGAAAAGGAUUGCUCAGGCGAAAGUUCGGAUAAACAUAGCGCAGCUGCAGUUUGGACUACCAGUGCCACUUUAACACUAUUGAAACUAUAUGAAGCGAACAUUGAAAUGGUUGAAACACCUAAAAAGAAAACUAGAUUGUGGGUUGCUAUAUCUGAUAACUUAAAAAGCUACAACAUAGAGAUGACUCCAGAUCAGGUUCGGUGGAAAAUAAAUGCACUUACAAAAAAAUAUAAACAGGCAGUAGAUAGUGGGCAAAAAAGGUUUAAGUAUUUCAAAGAAAUGAAUAAUAUUUUUGGCCAAUGUGAAGAUGAAGAAGAUUCUAUCAAUUCAGAACAUGUCCAACGUAAAAAGCAUUUCCGGAAAAAUCAUCUCAAUAUGUCCCUGAAUGAACCAAGUCAUAUGAGGGGUAGUUAUGAAAGUAAAGCUACAGUUGAACUUCGGAAGUUAAGAUUGGCUAAUCGUAUUGAAGCAGACAGAUCCCAAAGCAAAAUAAAUUUGGAAAAACAAUGGUUAGAAUAUCUCAACAGACAAGAAGAACAAAGGCAAUGGAGGGACGAAAUGUUUGAAAGAAGUUUAAAGUUGAGGGAAAGAGAGUUAGAGUUAAGAAGAAAAGAAUUGGAAAUGAAAGAAGCCUUUGAAUUGAAAAAACUGCAACUAAAAGAAAAGGAGCAAGAGGAACUUCUGAAAAUUGAAAGGGAUAAAUGCAACAUAUUAAGUAAAAUGGUGGGAAAACGAAGGUUGCCAAAUGUACAACAGUAAAUGGAACAUUGUAAAUGAAUACACAUUGUGUAAAAAUAUUUUUACCAUUAAAAUAUUGUGCAUGAAUUUCUAAUA